UCUACAUAAUAUAUCACUGAACACCUGUAGUAUAGCAUUUCAUUAUCUCUUUGGUAAUCUCAAUUCGAUAAGUUUAAAACAAAAUCAAGUUUCAUUCAAACAUGGUGGAAAGCAAUUCAUGAAUAUUAUGAGAAAAACUAGUAACUGAACAACGUAUCAAGAUGGAUGCGCAUUCUUUGGAAUCUUUUCGAGAAUGUAAAUUGAACCUUCUAGAAAUCCUGGAGGUUGAGACAGAAGACUGGAUGAAUGACCACUACAAACAGCUGAUCAAAAAGGCAGGAAACGAGGCCAAGCUGAUCAUCACAACAGCCUCCCACUACCUGCUCCAGCUGAGGGACGAACUCAAAGACUUCAAGGAGAUACUCCGGAAGCUGAACAUCAAAAUGGCGGAACAAGUCGUCGGGAUUACCAGCAGGGGUUUAUUCAUUGAUGGAGAAACGUUGAGUUUAAAUGGGAAGGAAGAUCUCAGCAGUUUGAAAAGCGAUGAGUUCCGGUUUGAAUUCGGAGAAGCCAAGUGUCUCUUAGAUCGUCAGGUCCAAAUCAAGCUGAACCUGGACAUCAAGAAAUCCAUAAAGCAGACUAGAGAGAUCCUGGACAAGGUCGAUGAUGACAUCAUGGUGAACACGGUUGCCGUGGAAAAGCUGGAAGAUUUCAUCCAGAAGUUGGCGGAAAAGGUGAUUGAGGAAGAGACAACCGAUCAACUCGAGGAAAGUAAAAAGGAUGAAGUGGAAAACGGGGAUGGGGAUACGAAAGAGGAGGAUGGAAAAGAUAACGCUGGAAAGGAAGAGGAGAAUGAUGCGGGGAAACAUAAUGAGAUAGACGAUAGGGCAAACAUUGAGACCUUAGCAGAAGACAAAAAGAGUGAAAGCGACACCAAUGAUGGCAAGGGUGGGGAAACCCUCACACAGGAGAUCGACAACGAUUCAAAUGAUACCGAAAAACCUCAGGGCUCAACUGAAUCACUGAUGUCAACGGAGGAAAAAAGACUGGAUGGUGGAUCUGAAAAAGACGAUGAUGAAAACGACGACGUCACUGGGAACGAGGAUGUAUCUGAAGACGAGAACGCGUUGGAAAACACUGAGAGCGAUGAAAACAAAGAGGAUAGACUCCAAGAUAUCCACGACGUGAAUAUAAAUGAUGGUGAUGGUGAAGAGGUUACCCAUUACGCAAAUAUGAAUGGCGAUGAUUAUGGUGAAGACAGAAGAAAUGAUCAUAAGAACGAAGAUAUAGAAACGUUGAUGUUAAACGAGCUACAGGAGCACCCCGACCAGGAGCCAGACAACCCGUUCCCUGCUGAAGACUGGGACACAUUUGUGUAUUAUCGGCCGAUCAAACACUCGGACAGCGAGGAAGAGGAAGUUAUGUGUGCUGUAAUUGUCAAACGUGAGAUGCUGAGACAGAGCGAUAUCAUGUGUUCCGUUUCAAAGAAUCCAAACGACCUCAGAGCUUAUCUGAAGAACAAAUACGAAAAACUGCUGUCAUACUUUGUUACUGUGAAAUUUCUUCGAGAACCAGUCGAUAUGGGAGAAUGUUUCGUCUUUGUACCAUACCAACAACCGUCAAAAACACUGCAACACGUGAUUAGAACUCGAUCACCACAAGGCCAGUGGGCGGAUGUGACACCAAAGAACAUCUCUAAUCUUACAUCACUUCCGGGAGUAAACUUAAGUGGGAUUGAGAUUCAUGAAAAGGACCCAUUUGGUCUGAUAGUGGUGGCAAAAGAAAAUCAAAUUCACUGCAGCGUUCCCAAGGAAGGUAUUGCUAUUGAGCCGGAAAACGACAGAAACAUGACAAUUCUCGUCUCGCCUGUCACGUUCGGCGGCGAGACUUGUAUCUCUUUCUUGACAGAAGAGGUAUCCAUAGAAAGACUUGAAGCAUACAAGAAAGAUAACUCUGAAUUUAUGCACGUGAGCAGUGUGGACGCGAGGUUACACAUUGUUUGUGAUGAGGCCACAGAAGACGAUUUAUCCGUUGUGUUCUAUGAUCUUUUGAGAAUCGAAAACAGUGAAUCCGACGACUUCCGGUCGCCUGAAAAAGAGGCGCUGCGCCGAUGCUGGAGGCGUCUGGUUAAUGGUCUUGAUGUAGAAAAACUCCUCAAAAAAUUGGAAGAAAGAAGAAUCCCAGCCAAGUCCCGAUCCAAAAUAGAUUCUGUGAAUUUCCGCCAAAAAAUAGAGAAUGAAGAGUCAAUGGGAGAUAAGGCUCGCCUGUUAUUGAGAGAAAUAGAACAAUGGAAUAAAGAGGACAUAAAUGGUUUUGUUGUCUGUCUUCGAGAAUCAAAACACUCUUAUCUAGAAAAAAUAUUCGCCGAAACCGUCGAUAAAAUCGCAAAGGAACUGAAAUCCACAACUGGAAAUACCCUGCAAGGAAACCCGGAAAUAAAGACUCUUGUAAGGAAAAAUGAUGGUCCAUGGGUGCCAUCCAACCCUGUCACAAUAUCAGAAAGGCCCGAAGAUUUCGUCCUUGUCUUACCUCCCGGGGGAAGAGAAUAUCAGAUCAUCGUUUUACAUCUUUCUGGACAAAUGAUGAAGCGAGAUCUUUGUGCUUUUGGUGACGUCUUAUCAAAUGACGUCAGCGGAACUCGUACCUCGUUGAUCUGUAGACAACACUCCAAACAACCGGAGAAGAUCACCAUACAGUGUGUUCGCUCAGAGGCCGCCGCCUCCAGAAUCAAGCACUUGGAGGACAAUGGCUACACCUACGGUUGGGAAGAAGACAUACAGUUUGGCAUGUGUGACGGCGAAUCCUUGGAGAUCACAUUUGACCUCAACCUUGGUUUGGUAGAUAUCGGGGAGGAUGGGGUACUAAGGAUGUACUAUUUUUCUUACCUCGAUACGGCCCAGUUUGUUGGGGAUUUGUUUCUGGUUGACGAGCGAGCCCAAUCCCAGGAACCUUUGUUUUCCGGAGACCUCUGCUACAAUGUGGGUGCCGUCAAACAGAGACCUCCUAGAUCUGGCUGCAUCAAGGUCACGCUUCCAAAGUCAGCGGCUCCAUACAUCGAUCGAACUCCAUUCCGGAUGUUACAUGUUCAAGUGAUCGCCCUUGCAAAGUACAUUGGUUUCCGGUUAAGUGCUCUUGGAAGAGACAGUGUUCUACAGUUUGCAUCCUCUUUGGUGGAAGACGAAGCUUUGCGCAGACGCCUGUAUGUUAAGGUUCGCAGAGUUUGCCGUGGUAAGGAUGACGCAGCGAGGUGCGAAAUGUUCAUAAUCAACUGGGCAAGGCAGCGUCUAAAGUUUGAAAAUAAAGCUAUAUUGCUAAUUGAUGCCCUGGGAUUCGAACCUGACAUACAGGCUGACGUCAAAGAUUUCUCAUUAAUUUAUUCCGAUUCAGGCGUACUUUGUGACCACUACCUGCAAAGAAUGUCUGAAUUCAUAGGAGAGGAAUGGAUUUCUUUGGGGAGGAAUCUGGGCAUCCCGGACCGCGACCUGAGACUUCUGCAAAUUGAUUUUAAAGACAAGGCGGAGAGGAAUUACAAACUACUGGAUACCUUCAGGUUGUCUAGGACCGCCAUUGAGCAGGGAUCUGGUGUGAUCCGGUUUUUGCUGCGGGCCUGUAAGGGUGCUGGAUGUACCGCUGGUUUGAUCACGUUCAUUCGGUACAUCGCUGGAAUAUUCAAAGAACAAACGUUCAUGAGAUCCCAGAGUUGGAUGAGUCUGAGCUCUGCAAUGCCAUCUGUAGAAAUUACAUAGCCCUUAAGCAUAAACAUCAAUAGUAGCUACAAGUUGGUCAAUUUUAACGAGUUUCAGUUAAUAGCGAUCGCUUUUAUUCAAAUGUAUGCAUGGUAGAAAUUAUUUGUAUGGCAACUAGAGCCUUUUUGACAUUUUAUACUUUGUAUAUUAUGUUAUCAAUGUACUAGUAUUUUUUUGAUAGCUGCAUCUGCUUUCUAACAAUGAUGGUUGUCGAUAUAAUCACAAAUAGGAAUACUAGUACUGGAGUGUACAGGUGUAACGUACAUUUAAGAUUAUAUUUUGCUAGUAAAAUCUAUCAAUUGUUUGUUUAAAGUCUUCAUUAUUUUUGUCUAGUUCUGUCAGCCAUCGAACAAUACUUUCACUUUUCAGUGUCUUUGUAAGCUCUUCUUCUAGAGGAGAUUGGUUCGUCUAAA